AAAUAUAAUAAAAACAAAUUCAGUAUAAGUCAACAAAUUCAAGUUUGGUGAUGAACCAGGUAGUUGAAGCUCACAAAUUUCACCAGACAAUAUUCGGUAACAACUUUAAAGGCCAUCCCAUCAGUCUAAUAGUGCAGAUGAUCUCUCUGGAAUUCAAUUGAAACUGUUUUAUUUGUUUUUCUUCUUGUUAAUUUUCACAACCACCACUGAUUUUGCUUUCAGAAAGUACUUUAAUUGCUUUCAGAAACAUGGGUUGUCCAAUUUUUGUACCCAUUUUGCUUUUAUGGGUCACUUGUGUUUUGGCGAUUCAGGGUGAGUAUGAGUAUGAUCAAGACUACGCAAGUCAAAUUCUGAGAUUAGCAAAGAAAGACAAAGAUUGGUUAGUCUCGAUAAGAAGGAAAAUCCAUGAAAACCCAGAACUCCGAUUCGAAGAACACAACACCAGUACUCUUAUUCGGAAAGAACUGGACACUCUUGGCAUUUCUUACGAUUUCCCAUUUGCCAAAACCGGUUUGGUCGCUCAAAUUGGCUCCGGUUCUCGCCCGAUCGUCGCUCUGCGAGCCGACAUAGAUGCCCUCCCUUUGCAGGAGCUAGUUGAUUGGGAGCAUAAGAGCAAAAUUGAUGGUAAAAUGCAUGGAUGCGGACACGAUGCCCAUACAACGAUGCUGCUUGGUGCUGCCAAGUUACUCAAUCAACGAAAAGAUAAAUUUAAGGGAACUGUAAGACUUCUUUUCCAACCUGCUGAGGAAGGAGGGGCUGGUGCAUCUCACAUGAUAAAGGAAGGCGCUCUUGGUGGUGCUGAAGCAAUAUUUGGAAUGCAUGUUGAUUUUACAAUACCCACGGGAAGCAUAGCAACCAUUUCAGGACCUUUUGUAGCUGCUGUGUGCUUCUUUGAAGCGAAAAUAGAAGGAAAAGGUGGGCAUGCUGCAGGACCCCACACUGCUGUGGACCCAAUAAUUGCUGCAUCAUUUACAAUGUUGGCAUUGCAACAGCUCAUCUCAAGAGAAACAGAUCCCCUCCAAAGUCAAGUGCUGUCUGUUACUUACGUCAGAGGUGGGACGGCAUUAAAUGUAAUUCCAUCAUAUGUUGAACUAGGGGGUACUUUGAGGAGUCUCACCACUGAAGGUUUGAUCCAACUCCAGCAGAGGGUGAAGGAGGUCAUCGAAGGACAGGCGGCUGUACACAGGUGUACUGCAUAUGUUAACAUGAAAGAAGAGGAUUACCCAGCAUAUCCAGCUUGUGUAAAUGACCUGACGUUGCACCAGCAUGUGGAGAGGGUCGGUGGACUCCUGCUCGGUCCCGAGAAUGUCAAGGUGUCUAGCAAAGUGAUGGCAGGGGAUGACUUUGCCUUCUAUCAAGAAGUGAUUCCUGGAUGCAUGCUCAACAUAGGAAUAAGAAAUGAGAAAGUGGGGUCAGUUUACUCGCCACACUCUCCUCACUUCUUUCUUGAUGAGGAUGUCCUUCCAAUUGGGGCAGCACUGCACACCACUCUUGCUGAGACAUAUCUGAAUGAGCACCAACCUUCUGUUAUGCUGUAAAGAUUUCAUGGUGCAAAAUGUAUUGAGAGCAUCGACAAACUCUAGUUACUUCACAAUAACUUUGUGUUGAACUUUCUCUGUAUACACAUGCAGAGGAUAAAAAUAUAUAUAUGUUUGUAAACAGACCAUGUCUUCAAUUACAUACUCAUGCAGGCUCUAUCUUUGAAACAGUGUAGCCAAAAUGACCCAAUAGAAGUUUGUGUGUGUAAUUGUGCACAUAGUUGGCAAAUGUGUUUAUUUUUUUGGGAACUUCUAUUGUUGAAAAAGAUGAUACUUCAGUUGUGCAUAAUUUACACUUGUAUUAGUUAAUAAUUAAUACUUUAUUGUUGAAAAAGAUAUGUAUUAUUAUUAUUAUUAUUAUUCCCCAGUAGUUAAAAA